CGCGGCGGUUAGUAGUGCGAAAUAGCAGUGCUGUUUACCGUUUUUUCAUUCACCGUUUCGACUGCGAGCACAUUCCAAACUGCAAACGAGAGGGUGUGUGCGUGUGAAGUCGUAUAUUUUACAGUGACAGUGUUUGUGGUAACUACAGCAGCAGCAGCAGUAGCGAACCAGUACUGUGCUUUAUUUUUAAUUUUAAAGUUACAUUCAGCAGAAAAUUGGCCACAUAAUUCCAGUCCCAAUGUGCACCGUUUAGUAGACAAAGUGAUCCAGAAUGCAUCUAGUGGUAGGAUUUGUGUGGGCGCUAUUCCUCGGAAGCGGGAUGCAGUCAACAAAUGCAGAAUACUACCAAAAAGAAUCCUAUUCCGAGUACAACUGCAACGAGCCGCUGCUGGAGCACGCCAAGCUGUCCGCCACGUCGCAGCUGCGGGAGCGGGGGCCGGAAAAUGCCCGACUAAAUGCUCGUUCGGCCUGGACACCGGUCGAGAAUAACUACUUCCAUUUUCUCACCAUGGACCUGGGUGGGCGGAAGAUGGUGCGCAAGAUUGCGACCGCCGGCAGGGCCUCGACCAACGAGUGCGUCACCGAGUACAUUGUGCAGUAUUCGGAUGACGGUGAAAUGUGGCGGUCGUUCACCGAAAGCAGCGGCGAGGAGCAGCUCUUCAAAGGCAACAAGGACGGCGACUCACCCCGUCACAACUCGUUCGAAGUGCCAAUCAUUGCACAAUGGAUCCGUAUCAAUCCGACGCGAUGGCAGAACCGUAUCUCGUUACGUGUUGAACUGUACGGAUGUCACUAUGAAUCCGACAACAUCUACCUCAAUGGAACCGGGCUAAUCCGGUAUGAUCUACUACGGGAUCCGAUAGCGGCGACGCGUGAAACUAUUCGAUUCCGUUUUAAGACUGCCGUUGCAAAUGGCAUUCUGUUGUACUCUCGGGGAACGCAAGGUGAUUACUAUGCGCUGCAGAUCAAGAGUAACCGGAUGGUGUUGAAUCUGGAUUUGGGAUCACGAAUAAUGACGUCGCUUUCGGUGGGCAGUUUAUUGGAUGAUAAUAUUUGGCACGACGUUGUCAUAUCGAGAAAUCGAAGGGAUAUUAUGUUCAGCGUGGAUAGAGUCAUUGUAGAAAAGAGGAUCAAGGGAGAGUUCGACAAGCUGAAUCUUAAUCGGGCGUUCUACGUCGGUGGUGUUCCCAACAUGCAGGAAGGUCUGAUCGUGCAUCAGAAUUUUACUGGUUGCAUCGAGAACCUGUACGUUAAUGCAACUAAUUUCUUCCGGGAGAUGAAGUAUGCCUUCGAGGUUGGUGACCAUUUGCGGUAUAACAAAAUGCACGUCACCUACAACUGUCCGGAACCACCGAUAAGCCCAGUGACUUUCCUGACACGUGGCUCCCAUGCCCGGCUGAAGGGAUACUACAGUGUCCAACAGUUGAAUGUGAGUUUUGCCUUCCGAACGUACGAGGAGAAGGGUAUGAUGUUGCACCACGACUUUUUGCAAGGCUCGGUUAAGGUUUACCUAGAAUUUGGUAAAGUGAAGGUUGCUUUGAAAACUACGAACGAACCGAGUGCUCUGCCGACGAUUUUGGACGACUAUGACGAGCAGUUCAACGAUGGCAACUGGCAUACGCUGAUGUUGGCUAUUAAAAAGAACAACCUGGUGCUCAGUAUCGAUGAACGACCGAUGGAGACAAUCAAGGCUUUCACAAAUAAUGGCUCAGGAAUCGAUGGCAGGCUUCUGGACAUUCGCACCGGUGAACUGUACUACAUUGGCGGUGGUAAAACCAAAGACGGCUUUGUAGGAUGCAUGAGAACGAUUAUAAUUGACGGAAACAUUCGACCGCCGUCCGAUUGGAAGGAAGAGGAAUACUGCUGCAAGGGUGAGAUGUUGUUCGAUGCCUGUCACAUGAUCGACCGUUGUAACCCGAACCCGUGCAAACAUAGUGGCGUGUGCAGACAGAAUUCGUUGGAGUUUUCUUGCGAUUGCGCGGGGACAGGCUAUGCCGGGGCCGUUUGUCACACGUCGUUGAAUCCGUUGUCAUGCCAGGCGUAUAAAAAUGUCAAUGUGGUUCAAUCGAGAACUACGAUCAACAUCGAUGUCGAUGGAAGUGGGCCUUUGGCACCGUUCCCUGUAACCUGUGAAUUCUACAGCGAUGGUAGGGUCAUUACUGUGUUGAGUCACAGUUCGGAACAUACGACCAGAGUGGAUGGGUUCGCAGAACCGGGCUCGUUUGAGCAAAACAUUAUUUACGAGGCAGAUCUGCCGCAAAUCGAGGCUUUACUGAACCGAUCGCAGUCUUGUUGGCAACGACUGAACUAUGCUUGUCGUUCGUCGAGACUGUUCAACUCACCGUCCGAUACGGACAAUUUCAGACCAUUUUCGUGGUGGGUGUCGCGACAUAAUCAACCCAUGGAUUACUGGGCAGGUGCUUUACCGGGAUCGAGGAAAUGCGAGUGUGGAAUCAUCGGUAACUGUGUGGAGCCUACCAAGUGGUGUAACUGCGAUGCUAAUAGUUUGGAGUGGCAAGAGGAUGGUGGAGAUAUUCGGGAAAUUCAGUAUCUUCCCGUUAAAGCGCUCAGGUUCGGCGAUACGGGAACUCCACUGGAUGAGAAGUUAGGUCGCUACACUCUGGGUCCGUUGAAAUGUGAGGGUGAUAAUUUGUUCAACAAUGUUGUUACUUUCCGUAUCAAGGAUGCUACCAUCAAUCUACCUCCAUUCGAUAUGGGUCAUUCGGGAGACAUUUAUUUCGAGUUCAAGACGACAAUUGAGGAUGCAGUAAUUUUAAAUGCAAAAGGACCUACCGAUUUUAUUCGGUUAAACAUCGUCGGUGGAACAAAACUACUGUUCGAAUAUCAAGCUGGUACGGGAACUCAAAAGGUGUAUGUGGAAACAAGCUACCGUAUGAGUGAUAACCGAUGGCAUUCGGUUAGUGUAGAAAGGAACCGCAAGGAAGCUCGUCUUGUUGUGGACGGAUCGAUUCGGGCAGAAGUUCGUGAACCUCCGGGUCCGGUUCGUGCUCUGCAUUUGACAUCGGAGCUGGUUGUUGGCGCUAACAUCGAUUAUCGUGAUGGAUAUGUUGGUUGCAUUCGUGCUUUUCUACUCAACGGAAUCCACAUAGAUCUACAAGCGUUCGCUAAACGUAGAAUGUACGGUGUUUCGCUUGGAUGCGUCGGUCGAUGUGAAUCCAGUCCUUGCUUGAACAAUGGAACAUGUGCGGAAAGGUACGACAACUUUGAGUGUGAUUGUCGUUGGAGUGCGUUCAAGGGACCGAUUUGUGCUGACGAAAUUGGUGUGAACAUGAAGGCUAGUUCAAUGAUCAAGUAUGAUUUCCAGGGAGCGUUCCGUUCGACGUUACAUGAAAGUAUUCGGGUUGGCUUCACUACCACCAUACCGAAGGGUUUCCUGUUAGGUUUCUACUCUAGCCAGUCAAAGGAAUAUCUAACGAUUAUGGUUUCAAAUUCCGGUCAUCUGCGAGUGGUGUUUGAUUUCGGCUUCGAGCGGCAGGAGUUGAUUUAUCCGACGAAAAAUUUCGGACUUGGUCAGUACCACGAUGUUAGAUUCUCGAGGAAGAAUGGUGGAGCAACUGCUGUACUGGUGGUGGACAGCUACGAACCGAAAGAAUAUCACUUCGAUAUCAAGGAUUCGGCUGAUGCACAGUUCAACAAUAUCGAGUACAUGUACAUUGGCAAGAACGAGUCGAUGAAAGAUGGUUUUAUCGGUUGUAUUUCGAGGGUGGAAUUUGACGACAUUUAUCCGUUGAAGUUCCUGUUCCAGGAAAACCCUCCGCCAAACGUGAAGUCUUUAGGAACUCCAUUGACUGAAGACUUCUGCGGGGUUGAACCGGUUACACAUCCGCCUAUUGAAAUUGAGACGCGUCCCCCACCAGUGGUGGAUGAAGAUAGACUGCGUGAUGCGUACGGCAUUGAUACCGCUAUUUUAGGAAGCGUCCUGGCAGUUAUCUUACUGCUACUGAUCAUUAUGGGCAUCCUGAUCGGUCGCUACAUGAACCGCCAUAAGGGCGAAUACCUGACGCAAGAGGACAAGGGAGCGGAGGCAGCUCUCGAUCCGGACGAUGCGGUAGUACAAUCGGCGACCGGUCACCAGGUGACCAAACGAAAAGAAUGGUUUAUUUAAUGUCUAAGGUGUUACGUGCCUUCCACUGUGAUCGAACGAUCCAGUCUUAGGGAAGCGCCUCGACAGAAGAAAACGACGACGCCGACGACGACGAUUCAGACAAUGCGGACCAGAAUCUCAACAGCAGCUGUAAAUAAUGUGUUCAACACGCGUACAUUUUCUGUUCUGCAGCCCGAAUAGUUAGUAACAAUCCUUAGUUGAUUUUUCCUCCGUGUGUAUGAAAUCCCUGUAAAAAGUAACCUUUGAACCGCCCUUUUGUAACCAAAGUGUGCAAACCAAACUAAAACAGUCUUUCACAUCACUUAUAUCAGGCUUAAAGAAAUCUCAGACGUUCACCAACGAUAGGCCUUGACUUUUCAAACACGCUAAAAUAUUAAGAACAACUCAUUGCAUUUAGCAGGCAGCAUUUUAUCUGUGGCUAGCAUUUUGUCGAGUGGGCGAUUUAAAGCGGAGGUUGCCAAUUUCAUUUGAUUUAACUACUGACAUUGAACGAAAUUUUAGCUGGAUUGUUUCUUAUUGAAAAGAAAGAUUUUUUAUUGACAUUACCCGUCCAUUAUCGUACUUUUAGUUACUUUUUUUACGAAUAUGCGUUUACAAUAGUUUAGUUUUAAGAUAAACCUUAGUUCAAAUCCAGCUUGCCGGACAAUUAAUCGAAUCGGCUUCGCACGAGACGAAAUACGAGAAAAUAUCUUUCACUAACUGUUAGAAUUCCGUUAGUUUUUAUGGAAUCUUGUUCUAUUUUUUUUUAGACAUUGUGUGUUUCAGGCGAGAGAUCAAAGAGUGGAACGCUAGUUAUGGUGGCGUUUCAUAAUAGUUCGCCUCUUCCAAAUUACUGCGGAAAUGCAAACAAAUUACACAAGCGAAAAAAGUCGAGUUUAAAUCCGAAGUAAGACAGUGUAUAUAGAUUUUGAAAUACAAAUGCGAUAACUAGGAUA